AUGACGGCCGCUGUAUUCCGCAAUACGCCUCCGCUAUCCGUCCCUCCAAGGCAGAACACGGCACCGGUCCUCGACUUCAACUGCCUCUACACACGCGAUGUCAAGAAGAAGGCCAAGAAAUGGCAAGAUGGCUUGCUGCGAUACCACACCUUCAACAAGCGUGUCAUGGUCUACGAUGAGGGCCGGAACUUGGUCGGUGAUACCCAUUGGGCUGGAGAUGAAGCGGUGCAGGAAGGCGACGAACUGCGGCUGGAGCGGAACGGGGUCAUGGUGCAAGUGGGAGAUAACACCGGACAGACCCAGACCGACUUGACCGAGCUUCGAAAGAGCAGGCAGAAGGACUCGGCCACUGUCAGCGCUGCAUCUCUGGGAACAGCUACGUCGACAGCGAGGGCAACGCCAACACCAUCUGGGUGGCCACUGAGCACCACGCUAUCUCGAGCGAAUACACAACUGAAGCAUAGGUCUCUCAAUGCACUUCUUGGGACACCAAAAGGUCCAAUUGGCAAAGCGAGCCUGCCGCAGAAGUCGCCCUUUGAGGAGCGACAAGCAGAAGCAGAGAAUGAUGGAUGGGAGGAAGGCAGGCCGCCAAAACGACAGCGAAAUACAGCACCAGCCUGGACAUUGACGAGAACAACAAAGACACCGACACCAGCCAGCAAAGCGCAAGAGCCAUUGUGGGCACGUACAGCAGACGCAGCGAAGCAGAAGAAGAAGAAGGCACCGACACAGACGGGCCAGCAACAGCUUGGAACGAAAGAGAUCAUCGAUCUGUCAGAUGAUGCAGAGUCAUCGAACAAAUUCUUUCCCGGGUUCUCGGACGAAGUGCUGGCUCGAUCUUCUUCCCCGCCGAAGAGGCAAGAGUCUGCCGUUGAAGUCAGCAACAAGAUCGUCGCAAGGUCUAGCUCUUCUGCUUUUCAGACGCAGCAAUCAAAGCCUUCUGGAAGGCCGCCAGCCAGCGGGAAGCAGAACCGAUCAGCAGCAGCAGCUCCAGAGCAAAUCGCUGCGCCAGGCACCACGUAUGUGCGCGUGUCUCCAGAAGUGACAGCGAAAGCACUAUGCCUCGAAAGUUCCCCAAGCUCAGAGACGGAAGGUCGGACGAGUCCAAAAGUGCAACGUGCCCCGACUGUGGCCUCGAAACCAACAAGCUCGCGGACGGGUCAAACGCUGAGGUUGGCUGCCAGCGCUCCGAAGAAGCGGACACUACUUUGCCAGAAUCAGCUGUCGAAGAAGCCGAGAACAGUGGCUUCGACAAAUGCAGAAAUUCGUGCAAGGUCUACAGUCGGCGACGAUGAAAGUGCUCAAGAGCGACCGGCGGCAUCGUUGACCAAGCUUCAAGCUCGACUGGCAAGGAUAGAGAAGAAGAAAGGGAGCACCAGUAGCGCGAGGCUUGGCCCAGCAAAAGCCAAGCCAGCUCCUAUCGAGCUUGACUGCGACACUGACACGGGCAACGGGGCAUUUGGCGACUUCUCUGAUGAUGAGGACGAGGAGGAGGAGGAGGUGGUGGUGGUGGUGGAUGCUGAGUCGCCUAGACAUCAGACGACACAUGAGACCUCCGCUAUCGAACUUCGUUGCCUCGAUAGCAUGAUGCUACCGCCUGCUGUGCCGGCCGCUGAUAAAGAGGCCAGGCCACGGGCGAAGCCACCAGCACCAGCGCCGACUAGAACGUCAGCGCAGCCUCAGGAGCGCCAGUUCCGGAGAGUUCUUUCAGAGCCAGAUACCGGCAAAUCGUCGAGAACGAAGCGAGUACCCGGGGCACCCGUACGGUAUACGCCCACGCCAUCGCCUACGAAGCGAUCUCGUGAGUCUACGCCAGUACUUCCAGCUGGAGAGGAAUCGAAGCGAUCAGUUGCAGAACCCGCUCCUGCGCCGGGGUUCUGCGCUUCGAGACAGAAGAAGCCACUCCAGAAGUUCGUCAGUCUCAACAUGACAUCGAAUGGCACCUCGAAGGUGAUGCUCAGCAAGCCGUUCCAAGCAGCUGGCAAGACACCAAAGGCGAGAGCAAAGGAGCCUGAGACGCCGAAAGACAUUGGGCCCUGGACUCGCGAGGCCUUUGAUCUCUUCACUUGGCGGCCACCGAACUGGGAUGAAGAACAGUGGUGUGAAAAGCGGCCUGAGGAGGCAAGCAAUGCCAGUGACAAACAGCCCCGACCACCACCUCCAGGGUUGAGUGGAGGUGCUGCGCUACCCUAUACUGUGUAA